CAUAGACUCUGUGACUCAAGCUCUAGAUGUAGCGAGUCAAGAAUAAGUUAGAAGAAAAAAAAAAGAAAAAAAGGGAAGGAGGUAGAGAAAGAAAAGAAGGACCUCUCGUGAAUAGAUUCGCCAUCUCUGAAGAUACAACCUCAUGUCUCGCGGGGACUCGACAGAUGAGGCGGAGCCAUUCCUGCCAUCAUCAUCUUCAUCCGAGUCUAUCGAGACUCCAAUACGUGCUUCAAAGCCAGUGCUGAUCAGAUUAUACAUCUCACAUAGCUUGUCGACAUGGAAUUCGCGCAUGUUUGAGUUCGGAUCGGUCUUGUUCCUGGCCUCGAUCUUCCCAGGCACUUUGCUGUACGCUUCCGUCUAUGCACUGGUGCGCUCUUUAUCUGCAGUACUACUAUCGUCCUGCUUGGGCUCAGUGGUAGAUCGGUCGAACCGAUUGAAGGUGAUCCGACAGUCCAUUAGUAUGCUCUGUCUAUCCUCUAUUCCGCUUUAGCUAUGAGAUCCCGUAUUUAACCAGAGUCCAGUAUGGCAACGACUUCCCGUGGCGUUAUCUUGUGCGUGCUUUGCUGCGCUUCUGACCCCAUUAGAGCCGUCAUACAUCUCUCCGCUUCUAUUCGCC